AAUGGAUGAUUCUUUGUGCUGUGAAGAAGCAGUACAUGUCCAGCCCCAUCCUUCAUGACAAAGUAACAUCUUUUCUUUAUUAUUACAUGUAACAUAGUCAUCUAUUCCUUUCACUUUUUCUUCUUUCCUUUUCUUUCUUUACCUUUUAUCUGCAACACUUUAUUUCUCUCUUUUAUUCCAAAUUCUAUGUGCAUUUUCUUUUGAGCACCUCCUUUGUUUGAAUCUCGUUAAAAUCCAGUUGGGUUCUCUUCCUAAAACCCAGAAAGCAUCUCUCCAUUAAAAUGGCCCAAUUAGCUUCUAAGUGCGUUUUCUUACUCUUCUUGUCGCUCCUCACUCUCUGCUCUUCUGGAACUCUGGUGGGUUUCUCCUAUAAUGCCAGAGGGAGCAUUGUAUCUUCAUCAAUCAGCAGAAAACUAUCUUCUCUUGAGCUAAACAAGGUCACUCAAUCUGAUAUUCGAGUUUUCGUUGAAGAAGAUAGGGUUUUAAGCACACUUUCAAACUCUAAUAUUUCUGUUGAUCUUUACUUAAGUGAAAGCUUAGUUGAGAAUUUUACAAAUUCUAAAUCAUAUGCUUUCUUGUGGCUGAAAACACAUGUGGUGACCUUUCUGCCUAAUGUUAGCAUCAAAAGCAUCGCAGUUAGAGGCAACAACGACUUGUCCAACCUUUUAUCCUCCUUGAAAUUGAUCCAUUCAGUUCUCAGUAGUUUUAAUUUUAAUAAUAAUGAAGUGAAGGUUUCUGUAGCAUUUUCAUUGUCGUUCUUGGAGAACUUGAAUGGAUCACAAAAAAAUGACCUGCAUAGGGUCUUAGGAUUUAUCAAGAAAAUUAGGUCUUUUAUCAUUGUAGAAGGCAACAUUGAUAACGGUGUAGAAUUGAGAAUGGGAGAUCUUUUUAUCAAAUUAAUGGUGCAAAAAGCUACACUUGCCACUUCUAUUCUUCCUUGUAGUGAUGUUGCCAUAGUAAUGACGGUCAAGAGCUUUGUAGAUCCUAGUGCAAAAGAAGUAGCUGAAUUCACUGCUAAGAUCUCAAAAUCUUUAGAGAAUGCUAAGAUUGCAGGUCAGAUAGUUGAAUUAUAUGCAGAAGUAUCUUCCUUUGAAGAUUUUGCAGGAAAGGAACUGCAGAGGGAAAAUGAACAAAUCUUUCCUUCUUCUCGUCGAGAACUCUUGAAAACUUCUUCACAUGAUUUAAUCAACCCACCAGACACUGUUCCUCAAAAUAAUCCCACACCAACAAUUGUAACUGUCCCUGCUACCAAUCCUGUAACCAUAACACCAACUAAUCCUGCAACCACUCCUGUAUCAAUUCCCUCAACCACACCUGUUAUAAUUCCACCAACAAAUCCUUCUGUUAAUCCACCAGCGCCAAUAACCAAUCCAGUAACCACACCAGCACCUAUCACAGUUCCUGGAGGACAACCGAUAACUAAUCCUGUGACAACAUAUCCUGCUCCACCAGGAAAUGUUCCGGUCACAACACCAGUCGUGAAUCCUGUGACGCCUCCUGCAGCUACUAAUGCUCCGGCAAUUCCGGGCCAGAGUUGGUGUAUAGCAAAGUCUGGAGCAUUGGAAACUUCACUUCAAUCAGCACUUGAUUAUGCAUGUGGAAUAGGAGGUGCUGAUUGUUCACAGAUUCAGCAAGGUGGGAGCUGCUAUAAUCCGAAUAGUCUCCAAAAUCAUGCCUCAUAUGCAUUCAACAGCUAUUAUCAGAAGAAUCCUGUGGCAACCAGCUGUGAUUUUGGAGGGACAGCCACUAUUGUCAGUAGCAAUCCAAGUACUGGUUCCUGCAUCUUUUCAUCUUCAUCAUCAUCGUCAUCAACAUCAUCGUUACCAACACCGUCAACUUCAACUACAAAUCCAGCAACAACACCAACAUCUCCAGCAGCUGGAGGAUCAUCAGGAACUGUUACUCCACCAUCAGUGUUAAACUCAAGCAGCCCUGGCUCAGGUUCCACUGCAGUGUUUGGGUCUGAUCCCCCUCCUGGUAUCAGCACUUCCACAUCCAAUUCCGUUACUUUGCGACCAUCAACUGCGUGCAUCACUCUGAUAACAUUUUUCGUUACCAGAAGAAUCAUCAUAAACAUGUAGAAUGAAGCAUUUCUUCAUGUACAUUACUAGCUUUCACAGCAGAGCAAAGCUGCAGGCACCCCCAACUUACAGGAAGAAAGAAACAGAAGGCGAUUUCCACAAGGCUAUAUUAUAUCACCUAGGUUCUGCUAAAGAUAUAACCGGCCUGCUUGAGCUUGUCCGGGUGUAAAGGUGUUUAUUACUGAAGGUACGAUUUAAUUUUCUACAUGAAACAUAAUUGCAUGUUCAAUGUUAGGCUGCUUUUAGAUAUUAGUAGUAGAAGGUAAUGAAGUUGAAUAGUAUUAGUACAAGGGCAAUUUUGUUCCUGUAUAUAUCUUUGAGAAGUAGAAGAGUUUCUAGUUUGAGCAUUUGUAUUGUGCUUGAUUGCUCAAUUAAAUGAACUAACUUGCAUAAGAAACUUUU